AAAAAACAUAAUUAUGACAAUUUUUUUAUUCUUGGUAGGACCAAACCUAACUGUCAAUGAGAAUUUUCGAUUUUUUUAAGGGGACAAGAACAAGUGGACUAUAAAGAGAAGACCAAAGCAAAGAAGUUAUCGUAUCAAAUCAAAGAAAACAAGUCUACUUACAAACUUUGUUGAGAAAAUCAAGAAAAAUGAAGCCAGUUUCAUCAUUGGUAAUUAUCUUUCUUCUCGUACUGAUCUUACACACUAACGUACUAGAGAGCGGGCAUGUCCGUCCCAAUGAUCAAGACGCGGUCAAGAACAACACUGAUAAUAACAACACAACCACUGGAGUAGUUCUCAAGGGCAAGAAAAGAAGUUAUAAUGGAGGAAGCGGAAGUUUUAGAUGGGGAUGGGGUGGUGGAGGUGGCGGCGGGGGAGGAGGAGGUGGUGGUGGUGGUGGUGGUGGUGGUGGCGGCAGAGGAUGGGGAUGGGGAGGGGGAGGAGGUGGUGGAGGAUGGUACAAAUGGGGUUGUGGAGGAGAAGGAAAAAGAAAAGGAAGAGAAGGAAGGGGAGAGUUUGUGAAAAGAGAAUAUGCGGAGUGCAAAGGAAAUGGGAAAUGUAAUGGAAAGAGAUUAGAAUGUCCUCAACAUUGUGGAGGCUUUUGUUUCUAUGAUUGUCUCUUUCUCUGCAAACCACAUUGCCGUCGGUAGAGAUAUAUAUAUAUAUAUAUAUAUAUAUAUAUAUCCAUGCAUACUCUUCGGGUUUUACUAUACUUUUUUGGGGUUUAUUUGUUUGUUUUUCUUAUGGGUUUUCUUCUUUACAAAUCUUUUGGAGCUCUUGAGUGCUGAAAACGAAAAAAAAUAGCCAUUAUAUUAGGAUCUUAUUCAUCAAAGGUUUUUUUUGUUGUUGUUUGCUUUCGAUAAUGAACUGAAAAGUUCACAAAGGAAUUCCUAAAACGAGACUUUUCUUUUACCAAUGCAAUGCUAUGCUUUUUUUU